UUACUGAUAUAAUUGCUGACCUGUAAGUUUUGGAAGUUUCUCCCAUGGAUAUUGGAGAAAAAGUUAUAAGAGCAUUCUUUGAUAUAAAGGAUUUACUUAAAAAGGAAAAGGAACAUCCUUCAAUAUACUGGAUUUAAAAAAAUAAUUAUGAACCUCAACAUUCUUUGUCCAAUUUUAUGACAAUAUUCUGAAGAGAAUUUGUCUCUGCGUAUGCUAGCCAACAGAAUAAUCUGCAAGUAUGAUUUAGAAGCUUUCCAUUUAAAGUAAAAAGACAGAGAGACCCACAUUCCCAUGUUCUUUCACUUUACAGUUUCAUGAAUUUUCACCUGUUUUCUGGGAAGCACAGCCUCCCCCUCCCCAAAGAGAGUAGAAAAGUUAGUUUUUCGCCCUUGUUGGGCUUCAAUUGUUUAAAAUUUGCUUUUGAGAAGUCAAGGUUUACUACUUCAAAAUUUUUGCCCAAACAUAUUGCACAUUUUGUGUAUCGUAAUGUAAACUUUGACAAACACUUUUCACCAUCUCAAUGUAUAUUUCUCUGCCUGUCCAUGGAUGUUUUCUACCAGAAACACAAUGGAUGCUAUUUACAUUUAUGCAUGUGAUUUUAAUUAUCGAGUGAUCACUUGUGAUAAAACAGAUAUGCUAUAUACUGCUGAUGAAAAACAAGCAUCUGAGACAUCUGGCUCAAAAAAUUUUGCUGAACAUGAAAACAAACAAUAUGAGUGCACAGAGGGCUUUGCAAAGGAUUUGGAAGGUCAUGGAAGCGAUUACCUAAAAUUUCAGCUAGAGAAGGAGAGUCAGCCCUUUGGUUUGGUAUUUCUUUGUUAUAGAUGUCCAAUCUACAUUGGUGGGAGAUACCUUAAGUACUCAAGAAAUGUCAGCCAGACUUGCUGGAUGAUUGAGGACGAAAGAAUGGGGGAAGCAUCAGUAGAGGAAAUAAUAGGUGGCAGCAUCCUUCCUCUCUGCCAAGGUGAUGGUUACAAGUUUCAUGCUGCUGGUAGAGAGGAUAUAGAUGUCAGGAUGUUGGGCACAGGUCGCCCUUUCCUGGUUGAGGUACAAAAUGCCCAUCAAGUUCCUUCUGAAGAACUUAUUAAAGAGAUGGAAAUGAAAAUAAAUAGCCAGGAAAAUAAACUGGUUGGGGUUAAGAAUCUCAAGAUUUUAGACAACAAAGGGUGGGCACUGAUGCGUGAAGGAGAAGCUGAGAAACAGAAGCAGUAUGCUGCUCUUGUCUGGAUUUCUCGCCCUUUUAAUGAUGAUGACUCGAAGACUCUAUCUUCACUUCAAGAGAUGCAAAUUUUACAGAAAACACCAAUAAGGGUUCUGCAUCGUCGAAGUCCUUUGGAGCGUGAAAAAGUUAUACAUUGGUACAAGCUCCACCUUUUACUAUUUUAUUUUUUGCCUUAUGAAUUAAAUUCUAUUCUCCUAUAGUCUGGUUGGGUUUACAUUGUUAAACAGGAUGAAAGUAGAGAAAAUAGCUGGAAGCUGUCAGUAUUUUCUCUUGCAUCUAUGUACACAGGUUUGUUUGCUUUGUUUUUUUUUUAAACAAAUCCACUAUUUAGUUUCUGAGGUACUGGUCAACUAUUGUAUGUCAUGGCAAGAAGUUUCCUUUACUUCACUUUACACUUUCAUAGUUUAUUGGAUGAAAUUUUUGCUUUUGCUUGAGCAUGUUAGAAGAUGCCAAUCAUAGAUGAACCGAGGCAUGGAAUGGGUUGCCAUUGCAGAGGAAAGUGUUGCUUAUUUGUUUGUUUUUCUCUCAGUGGUUCAAAUUUUGUUGUGUUACUCAAGGCACGAUAACAGCCAGAAAGCUGUACCUUUGCUUGGUCUCACAUUUAAUCUUGCUUAAAAAUUUUAUGUUUUUAGUUGCUAACAGGAUGCUUAGACUCAUGGAUAGGCAAUUGUUGUAAUGAUUAUUCGCGAGGAUAAUGUUUUUACUACUAAUACUUGUGGUGGCUUAACUUGUGAUGAUUGUAUAUUAGGACAGGCUGGUACAUAUAUUAAGGAGUUUGUGCAUGGGGAUCUUGGAAGAACACACCCCAGUAUUGGUUCCAUACUUGGGUGCAGAGGGAGAUACUGCAACUUGAUGUAACAGACGUGAAAAUGGACUGCUUCUAGGAUGAAUGAGUUGAUUAAGGAUUCCGUGGGACAGCUCCUUUUCAUCUUGCAAGAAAAUGCUUUCUGGAGUUGAUGGUUCCGUCAUUUCCACGUCCAGUUCUGGUCUCCUUUAGCCCUAAUGCCCGGGUGAUUAUGCAGUUAGGAUGGGUUUGUUUUGCCGGCACAUCAUGACAGGCUUCUGCUCAAUGUUUUGCAGUCCUAAAAAUCAAGCACAACUUAGAGGAAUUCAUGAUGACCGGAGUCGCUGCAUAAAAUCACUAACAACUUGGAACAUAUAAACACCUGUAUCAAAUAAAGCGAGAGCAGGAGGUUUUAUGGCGAGCAGAGCUUUCGUGAAAUGGGUGACAGUUGGGACGCUAGAAAACAGGUCAAUCCUUGGAUUUCAGUGGAGGAUCUCUGUAGAUUCUGCACGAUAAGAUGCCAGAGGAGCAAUGUUGGCUUGUAUUUUGUUCUCUGUACUGCAGUAGUUUAAUUGUUGUAAAAGAAUUGAUAGUUGAAGCAGGGCGGUAUGCAAACGUAAACAAGAUAAAUUUCCAAGUGGAGAGUAUGAUAAUUUAUGGUUUUCUUUCCUGAAAAUCGACAUAAACAUGGAUUAUUGACACUGUACAAUUUGAAAAGAGACGUCUGUAUUCAUCAUUUUCUCGAGUA